GUACUCUUUCCCCUGCAAAUCACCAUCAUUUGAAAAUGAUAAUUUGCUUAACUCGGUGCUGACUAGUUCUCAAGCAGUCGUCCAAAAACACCAAUAAACUGUUUCAAAAUACUCGCGCGAUAUUCGAAGUUUGGUCGUAGUUUAAAACGUUUCAAUGUGUAGCGCUAUUUCUACAAUAAUCACGUUUAAAACUUGAAUUUUCCAGUCUCAAAUCCUCGUAUUUAAGAACAUAAUACAGGUAAACAUGUUUUCAAUUAACAAAAUUAAUGUGUGACGUUACGAAAGUAGUGUUGUUGCUUAUAGAAAUGAUCGAAAUUCGUUAAAUUUCGCUUUAAAUUUUGAAAUCGUGACAUCACACUCUAUCGGGGUUCAUAACAUCAGCAAAGACUAGAAGUAUAUUCUAGGUGUUCCGACCCGAUCAAUCAAGUUUUGUCUGUUCCCCCCCACGAAAAUCUCUACUUUAAUGAAAAAUUAGGCAAGAAGAGUAAGGCGAAUUUAAUACGCCUUGAAAAUAUAUAAAAAUUAGCGCUAGACCCCAAAAAAUAAAAGAACGUGAGAGGUGUAUAAGAGGUGUAAAUGCGCGAAAGGGUCCGUCGCCCCCGGCACAUCGAGGCAGUCACAUAUAAAAGUUGUGGUGUAAAUGCUGCUAGAAAGUAGCUGCUAGUCUCGUUUUACAAGAAGGUGUUUGUUUACGUUUGCAGAGACGAGGACUUUGACUGUAGUUCGGGAGGCAAAGGUACUUUUUUAAAGAGGGGGAAUCGUCACAAAGAACGCCGAUUAUGUCAUCAACAGAAUGUCGUCUCGGUGUCUUGAUAGUGGUAGCCGUCUUGACGGGUUUCGUUACGGCAGCACCGGUGAAAAAUCCCUUACGUCCAACGAACAAGCCACGAUGGAAGAACCCGUGCGGCAUCCCCGGUCACGUGUUCAAUGCAAAAGAAGACUUGGUAGGAGCACCCCCCGCCACAGUCCAACAGUUAUUCGACGACAUCCUCCACGCUGCCAAAGUGGCAAGGCAGAACGGAAUGAGGACCAAAGACGCAUUCCUGAACAAAGUAUUCGACGAACCAGAAUUCGAACUGUCGGUGGAAUAUCAAAAAGAAGUCUGGCUCCCAGAUAUACCUAAAUUAACUUUCGAGUAUCUGAAACAAUUAAAAAGAGACGAAGCGUUUAGAACUUCGUACCAAACGCUUCAAUAUUUUGCAGUUGGUUUGGAGCAAGCAAUUUUGGAUCAACUGGAUCAGAAAAUGUAUCUACAACUGUUCAGAAAUGCUGAAAAUGAAUUGGUACAAGUUUUAUGCGAACUUCAAAGAAGCAUGAUCAUCCUGGGAAUCAAACCAAACGCAGAUGUGGAAAGAAAAAUAAUGAAACAAACCCGCAGAAACAUUACAGUAGAAACCCACCGUAAUUUGAGGGAUUAUCUUAUAUUGCGGGACUAUAUCAAAGCUGUCGACUUCGUUGUUAGUGUAUUCGAUUAUCUAAAAUCUACCCACGAAAGUAAUUAAUUGAAAAAACUGUAAUCUGUGUACAAAAGGAAAUUCUGUGAUCCGUUAUAUACACAUUAUUUAUUUUCUUAAUUUAUUUAUAUUUAAAAAAAUACGCAAAUAAGAGGACGAGAAUCAAAUUGCGUACGAAUAUUGUAUUUAAAAUCAUAUUGUAUGGUGUAAAUCAAUAUGAUACCGAAGACCGAAGUUGUAUAACGAACACAGUAACGAAGAGAAAGUUGUGUAAUGAAGUAGUAACGAAGACCAAAGUUGUGAAAUAAGGUGUUACGAAGACCAAGUAGUGUAAAGAGUAUAUUAUUUAAAGCCAAGACACGUGGCUUAGUAGUGAAAAAGGAGCAAAGUUGUGAACGGCUACGUGCGUGUAAACUGCCAACAACACUCGACGUAGAUGAUAACUCUUCCAAAUAAAUUAAAUUUUUAACAAUCGUCGACACGAAGAGACUACCAAAGACAAUGUAAAAUAAAGAACAAACUUUGUAAAAAUUCACACGAUCUUAACGAUAUUUGCCUACCUCUUCUCAACUGCAUUUUUUUGAAUAUUCAAACAAGUGCAACUCGAGACCAAUGAGUUACGUUCAGGUUGUGUUGACGUCUUUUUUAACAGAACUGUGGCCAGUUGAGUUCAUCGUUAAUUAUGUAUAACUUAUAUAUAUUUUUUUUUUUAUCUUCGAGUCAUAUACUUUACAUCGUCUGUCUCGUGUAUACAAGUUUCUUUCGUUACGUGUAAUUUGCGACAUUAUUUUUUUAAGUAUUCGCGUUUAUAAGUUAAGAGUCACGACUUUUUCUUCCCAUAAUUAUAAUCUCCAAAAGAAAAGCAAUAAUUUUUAAAGUGUAGAAGAUUUUUUAGAAGGUUACACCAACUUAAAUGAAAAGUUCCUACCAUGUUAUGUUUAAUGAUUUUUUUCCUAUUAUUCCAGUAUUUUUUGAUGGUGUUAUACCAAAGAGUAAUUAAUUGUAAGCGACGAAGUGACGUGUAACAUAUUUUUUGUAGUAAAAAAAAGAUCGGUUAUCGAAAAAAUUUUUAAA